GAACAGGACGAGUCAAUGAUUCGUAUGUUCUAAUCACCGAGGUUUUGGGGCUUCUGAAAUUUCUGUUAGCGUCCUCGGAUCGACCCCAAAUUUUCGUUAUUGGAACAUGGAAUUUUGCCCAACUUGCGGGACCUUACUGCGGUAUGAGCUGCCUCAUAUGGACCGUCUUGGCAGAUUCUUCUGCCUGACGUGUGAAUAUGUGUGUCAGAUAGACAGCAAGGUUAAGAUAAAGAGAAAGCAACACUUAGCCAAGAAAGCACUAGAUCCCAUCUUCUCAGAAGAUGACAAGAAGAAUUGGCCAACAACUGAAGGUGUAUUCUCCUCUGUGCUAUGUGAUUGAUGAUCUAUGGAACAUUUUUUUGUUGAUAUCUUUACAUUGUUCGCAUGUGGUGUGUGAUUUUGCAAUAUAUUUUGUGUCAAAUGAAAGGUAACUUGGAGUUCUAAAUUAUUUGUUUAUUAUUUCUUGGGAUUGAGCAUCAUGAGUUGUGGUAACAUAUACGAAAUGGGCCCUGGUCUUUAUACUGUAAGUGUGUAACCAUGUACUUAACUCGUUUUUCCCCUUGAAAUCGGGAUCUAGUUCUUCUCCAAUACUUUUCUCGUCAUUUCCAUCCUUACUAAAUCACACCAUAUGUUAAAGGGAUCCACUUAUUUACAAUGGAUCCCACUUGAGUUCAUGUUUGGUGAUCUACCAAGAAGGGCAAUGAAGAAAAAAUGUAUUGGAGGGGAUCUCAUUUCCGAAAUCUAAAACAUGUACAUAACUAUACUAAUGCCUUUUAUAAUAAGAUAGACCACCCUGUUUAAGUUCUACAAUAACUUAAUAGCCCAUCACCUUGUUGAUCCAUUUUUUAAAUGCCGGCUUCUAUCAUAUUGAGGUUUCUAAUAGUUGUCUCCAUGACGGUUCAAAAAUAGAUGUACUAAUUUCUUUCUUCUUCUUAUUGUUGUUGUUGUGUUUUUGCUACUUAUUUAUAUCUUCUUCUUUUUUUUCCCCCAGUCUUCCAUUAGGCCAAGGUUGGUGGGUUAUGUUAGUGUUCUAGAUGAUAGAUUGCACCGAAUCCCACUGAUAGCCUGUGUUGAUUAAAACUUGGUUCUGAAUAUUGUUUUAUGUCAGUCCUCUCCGUAUUGGAGUUAUUAAAAAAAGUUUUGACAUUGCCAUUGUUUGAAAUUGGGGUCAUAGUUGGACAGUGCUAUUUGUUGAUGUGACUUUGAAUUAAUUAAGUAAAUAUUAAUUUUCUUCUUUUCUUCUCCUCUUAAUGAGGUUGGGGCCACAGAAUUUGUGACUUUUCUAGGUGAAACUAUCGUUCUCAACUUUAUCAUCUAAAUUCCCGACUCUCAACUUUAUCAUCUAAAUUCCCGACAUGCCAGGUUAUUUUUGUAUCUAUCUGGAGUGGAAACUAUCCAAUUUCCAGAAAGAACCAUUGUAUUAUUGCAUUUUUAUUUCCGCAUUUAAUCAUUUUUUAGUAUGGUACAAAAUUCUUCAUUUGAUCAAAUGGAACUAUACGGUUGAGUUAUUCUAUUACAGUUUUGCAUAUCAAACAGAGUAUGAAAGGAGCUAGGUCCACAUCUACCGAAUGCAUCUUUACCACAAAUGAACCUAUUCAUAUGCAGCUUAGUAACCUGGUCUCUCAUGGUCUAAAACUGGUGAUAGAUUGGAAUCAAACAUAGAGUAAGAGGUAGCACAACUUGAAGAUAAAAAGAGCGUUGAGAUGGUAUUUCCAUUUUUAACAACAGGAGUUUUAUGAUUUAAGAUGAAGGUUCUAUGGGGAUAAGGGGACAUCCAAAAAGUCUAUAAUAGACUAGAAUUAUGUUAUAAGUGCUUUUGUUGCUGAGCCAAAUAGUUCCGGAUUAUUUUAAUUGAUUUCAGGCAGGCCUUUGAGCCAAAGUUUAGGGAACACCAGCUUCACUCACUAACAUUGGAAAAAUCUUAUUCUGCAGUUUUCACUAUACACCAUUGGAAUAAUUUGUUGUCUUUGUUAAUUCUGUAUGUGUUAUAUCCUUAGAGUAUUAAUUUGCAUGGCUGAGAUCCUGGUUCUAGUUCAGUUGUUGGUUCUAGUGCAAUUCUACAUAGAAAAGUAUUGGUAAGUAGUAACUGUUUGUGUCAUUCUUGAUGCUACUUUCUGUGGACGGCAGCUUACAGUUUUGCACUCCCCUUCCCCCUUUUCUUUCUUUCUUUCUUUCUUUUGACAGCAACGUGCCCGAAGUGUGGUUUUGGGAAGGCUGCUUUUUAUCAAAUGCAGAUUAGGUCAGCUGAUGAGCCCAUGACAACAUUUUACGAGUGCUUGGAUUGUGGCAGACAGUGGCGUGAGGACUAAAUGUUGUCUUGGACGCAUCUUUUAUGCUUCUAUUCAGGGUUCAUAUGGCUGUCUCGCCUGAUCAGGCACCAUUGCUUUCUGGGUAUUUCACAUUUUGGUUUUCCUGUACGUCUAGUUCGAUUUUGUCCAUGCGAUGAUGAACCUUUCAAUCUUACUCGCUGUAUUUAAGACAUCAUGACAUUUUAUUCCAUCUGCCAUUUUUCAGUUGGCCAACUAUUGGGUCUGGUUUUGUCCUUUUUUUAUUUAGAAUCAAGCUUGGUCCGAUCCCAAAGGUUUAAAGGAGGCAAAAUGUACUAUUUUGGUGAUUGCGUUGUGUAAACUUCAUUACUUGGUUGCAUAAUACAGCUUUUAU